UUCCCACCUUCCAAUCGCAGUCUCCUUCCAUUAGUAUUAGUCCACCCUUUGCUUCUCUCUGUUUCUCUCUCUUUCUCUGUUUGUUUUGCUCUGCAACAAGAAAAAAGAAGAAGAAGAUGUUGCUGGGAAAGAGGACGAGACCAGAGAUAAGGAGAACAACCAGCAUGACUGGUAUAAACUUUGAUCUGACUCUGACUAACGGAGAAGCUCCACAACAACACCAGUCCGAUAACUCCAUCAUCAACCACGGUGUGACGGCGGGCCCAGAAGGAGCUGUUAUUGGCGCUCACAACAACAACAUGAAUUCUGGGACCAAAACGUCGUCGUACCAGGUGGAACUUCUGCAACAACACCACCACCACCAACACCAUUUCUUUUCCAUGUUAUCGCCCAGAAACCAGAGGAGCAGCUCAGACGGUGAUUUCAUUGAGACUGCCCACUUUCUCCGCACGUGUGGCCUCUGCAAACGCCGUUUGACCGCUGGCCGUGACAUCUAUAUGUACAGGGGGGACACAGCUUUUUGUAGUUUAGAGUGCAGAGAGCAACAAAUGAAGCAAGACGAAGGAAAAGAGAAGUUCAAAGCAUCCUUGGCUACAAAGAAUGAAGACCGCCAUGCAUCCACAUCCACAACCAGUUCUAAGUCAUCUUCGGGUAAAAGCCAGACAGUGGCUGCUGCUUGAAGCUUUUGAAUAUCCAUCAAAAUCUAUGGAUUCGAGACGUACAGUGGCGGAAAAAAAAAGAAAAAAAAAAAAAAAAAAAGACACACAGCGCAGUAAGCUAUAUAUUUAUAUAUAUAUAUAUAUAUAUAUAUAUAUUUGUAUGUAGCUCCAGUCCUUUUGAUUGCCUCUCCAUUAACGUUAUGAUCAUGAUCUUCUAUAUUUGUUUUACUCUCACUUUAUGAGUAAUGCAAAAAAUGAAAAAAAAAAAAUUAUAUAAUUAUGUGUACCAUUGUAAUUAACCAAGGAAAAACCGAAAACAAAAAAAUUGGCCUGUGGGUGCAGAUAAUUAACUUUGUGGAAGUAUAUGGGCAACGCUCUGAUUCUGAGUUUGGUAUUAGUUUUUUAAUUUUAUUUCUUAUAGCUUGCUUUUUCACCUUUUCUAUAUCUAACAUUUUCUCUUUUGUAAAAUAACUUUAAAUAUGGAAAUCACCCACAGAUCUUGAUCUACCUUCUAAUA